AUGAUCAGCAGCUUCGAUUUACGAAUAGAGGUCGAGGCUCUCCAGGAACUUGAUAGCUACGACAUACCACACGAUUAUGAUCUCACAACAGAGGAUCCGGAGCGGCUUCUUGAAGCUGCCGUGGAGGCUGUCGCCGACUCUAGCAGCGCAAUUAUAGAUGAACAGGUCUUUGACAUAUAUAGGUGUCUACUCAAACACGCAGACGCGGUAUCUGGCUCCGUCAUGAGCAAACUACUCGACUCCAUCUCCUCUGGUCUCCUGGCGGAAUUAGAGGCCACUAUGCGUGAUGUGGAGUUGGGAGACCAGCAGUCGUACAUGGCGCAUAAAACGCCGUUGGAGCUGUACGCGUUUUUGCUGCAAUGGUUCGUUACGGCGGCUGAGAAGGUCAAGGCCACUGAGGAUGAUGCGCCACCGCCGGCAGCUGCUACAAAGGGUAGGAGAGGGAGGGGAGGUAAAGCUGGAGCUGAGAGAGGAGCGGGUCGUGGAGCUGCGAGCAAGAAGAAUGAGUCGUGGACUUGGCAGGACCAGAUCCCUGCGACACUUGGGCUGAUUGUCAAAGUUCUGCGUCUUCAGACGCAACGUAUUUGGACGACGACUGCUGAAAGGGAAGACUUUAUCAAAACCAUCACAAGACCCGCAUAUCACGUCGCUGAAAACGAACAAUACAUGAAAAAGUCAGAUAUCAAGCUCUGGGUCUACAAAGUCAUCUGUCUCUCCGUGAAACACCAUGGUCAAUCUUUUGCUGUCCACAUCAACAUCAUCCAAUUUCUUACAUUCUUUGAACACCUUUCCGAGCCCAUGGCAGAGUGCCUCACCGUCCUUGCUGGGGAGUACGACCAUGCUCAAGUCGGGGACGAAAUCUUACGCGAUAUCGCGGGCAAGACGUUCAAUGCACAAGAUAGCAAAGGCCCUCGUGCAUUCGCGAGGUUCCUCGUCAAAUUCGCAGAGCUCGCUCCACGCGCAAUACUCAAACAACUCAGCCUCCUUCUAGACCAGCUGGAUUCCGAGUCAUACCCAAUGCGUCAAGCCCUAGUCGAAGUCAUCGGCUCCAUCAUCACCGAGCUCUCAAACACAAGCACAGACAACGACAACUCCAAAACCGCCCAAAAGCAAAUAAGCGGGCUCUUCGACCUGCUCCUCGAACGCACGCUCGACAUCUCCUCAUACGUGCGCACGAAGCUCCUCCAAGUUCUCGCAAAGAUGUGCGACUUGAAGCCCAAGUUUCCUAAACAGCGCUUGGCGAUUACCAGUGCUGCCAUUGCUGCGCUGGCGGAUAAGGGCGCGACGGUGAGGAAGACGGCUGCGGCGCUUUUGGUGAAGUUGUUGGAGACGCAUCCGUAUCGCACGCAUGGGGGUAUGUUGCAGCUUGAUGUGUGGCAGGCGGAGUAUCAGGAUGUUUGUAAGGAGUUGGAGAAGAUUGAGGGGAAGAUUGGGAAUGCGGUUGAGAAGCCGGAGGGGGAGGAGGAAGAGGAGGAAGAGGAAGAACAGGAGGACGACGAAGAAGAGGAGGGAGGAGGGGAGGAGGGUGAAUCUGGAAGGAAGAAGAAAUCGAAAAAGUCAAAGGUCAAGAAGGAAGAUUCGAUGGAUGUAGAUACCGAACCAGAGGACAACGAAGAUGAAGAGAGCGACGAAGAAGACGAGGACGAGGAUGACGCGAAAAUGGCCGUCAACGAAGAUGACGAAAACGCCACGCCCAAGAAAAAGCCCAAGAAGAAAAAGAAGCAUGCAAAGCUCAAACCCCGCAAAUCUCAAUUGAACGUGGCUGCCGUUACCGAGGAACAAGCCGUCCUGGCCGGGUUGGAGGGUCAAGAACUUCAGCUGAUGAAGUUGCGCAAGAAAUAUUUCGUCGAGGGCCUGGCUUUCAUUCGUCAGAUUGAGAAUGCGAUGGAGCCAAUGGGGUUGCUUUUAGGAUCGAAGAAUAAGCUGGAGGUUGCUGAGGCUAUUGAGUUCUUCAAGGUUGCGCAUGAUUAUGAGUUUGAGAGCGCCAAGGUCGGGAUUAGGAAGAUGCUGCAUUUGAUAUGGGUCAAGGAUAACAACAAUUCUGGACCUGCGGAGGAGGCUAAGGAGGGUAAAGGUGUUCGGCAGAAGCUGCUUGACUGUUAUCGCGGAUUGUACUUUGAAGCUAUCGAGGGUCUGCAGCCGAAAGAGCAAGUCAGCCGUAUCGCGAAGAAUUUGGUAGAGCGAACAUACGAGACCACGUUGGCUGAACUGACAAGUCUGGAGGAGAUGAUGCGUAUUAUGAGCGAAGAAGAGCAGAUUCAUCAAGAUGUCAUUUCCAAGCUUUGGCAGAUUUAUAGUUCUAAACAAAACAUUCCGAGUCAGCAGCGCCGCGGAGCCAUCAUCAUCUUGGGCAUGCUUGCCUUGGGAAGACGCAGCGUGCUGAGUGAUCGUGUUGACACCCUACUCAAAGUGGGUUUGGGACCGUUGGGCAAGGCUGAUCUUACCUUGGCUCGAUACACAUGCGUGGCUUUACAGCGAUUGAACGGGAGUGCCAAGAAGGUCAAAGGUUCCCUCCUCGAUAAAACCAUGCGCAUCGAGAUGACCAAUCCGAUCUUCCGCAAACUCCAAGAUGCCGUCAACCAUCCCUGUCGAUCCCGAGAAUGGUUUGGGUUCGCUGAGCAAGUCAUCAACACCGUAUAUGCGCUUGGCGAGCAUCCAGACGUGUUCUGCAAUGAGCUUAUCAAGAAAUUUACUAUCAAAGCUUUCACCCCUCGUGCUCCCAAACCUGCUGUUCCUAAACCCAAUAACGAGCCGCCAGAGACGGACCCUGAUGCUAUGGCUGAAGACCAUCCAGGAGACUUUACCCAAAACUCAUUGGACACGGCCACGCAGGACUCGACUCCAGGAACGCAGCAGGGUGAUAAGGAGAAGGAUGUCGGCGAUGCGUUUGAGCUAAGCCAGCUUCUUUUCAUUGUGGGACAUGUGGCUAUCAAGCAGAUCGUGUUUCUGGAACUUGUUGAGCGGGAGUGGAAGCGCCAAAAGGACGAAAAACAAGCUGCCGAAAAGUUGGCAGCGAAGGCGAAAGGCACCGAUAAAGCUUCCAAGGAUGGCGAGGAGCUUGAUCAAGUUGCUGGUAAUGCAGAGGACGAAAUUGGAGAUCGCGUCGCAGGUGUUCGUGAAACGGAGAUGCUCUACGGCACUGACUCCCUUUUGGCGAUGUACGGUCCCAUGGUCGUCCAUAUCUGUGGUAGCCCUCACAAAUUCAAGAGUCCGACACUGCGAGCAGCUGCAACGCUAUCAUUCAGCAAGUUCCUUUGCGUCAGUUCGCAGUUCUGCGACCAGAACCACCGGCUACUAUUCAAGAUCCUCGAAACGUCCAAAGACGCCAACAUCCGGAGUAAUAUCGUCAUCGCGCUGGGCGAUGUCGCUGUUUGACGCAUUUGAUCUUGAACGGGAUGAUCAAGGUGAAAGGCCAGCUUGGGGAGAUGGCCAAGUGCGUUGAAGAUGAAGAUGCACGUAUUGCGGAUCUGGCGAAGCUGUUCUUUAGCGAGCUGUCUACGAAGGAGAACGCGAUCUACAAUAACCUCCCUGAUGUGAUCAGCCAUUUGUCGACGGGUGAUCAUGCCGUUGACGAAAAGACUUUCAGGAGUACACUCCAAUACAUCUUCACCUUUAUCGAAAAGGAAAAACAAGCAGAGAACAUCGUCGAGAAGCUAUGCCAGCGUUUCAGGCUCAGCGAAGAUCCUCGUCAAUGGCGCGACAUCGCUUUCUGUCUUUCCCUCCUCCCAUUCAAAUCGGAGCGGUCCGUCAAGAAGCUAAUUGAGGGCUUCCAAUUCUAUCGGGAUAAACUACACGAACCUCAGGUGUAUGAAAAGUUUACAGAGAUUCUGGCAAAAGCACGUUCUAAUAAAUCUAAGGACAAGCCGGAUAAUGAGCUCAAUGAGUUCGAGCAUCUUCUGGAGGAACACAAGAACCAAGGAGAGGAAGACCAAGCUCUCGAAAAGCGUGUAGAGAAGAAGGCAGCGAAGAAACGGGCCUCAAAGCGAACUACCCGGAAGAAACCUGUUCAAGCCGAGGAAGAGUCUGAGUGAUGCGAUGUUUGAUUUUUGUAUAAUUUAUUACCAUGAACCACUGGGAUCUUUUCUUGUAUCACAUACUGUAUCGUAGUAAAAACCACUGUUUAAUGGCAUAU